AUGAGCCUGCUCCGGCUGCUGGUGUUCCUGGCCCACUGGGGAGUGGCCAGGGCUGGAUCAGGGAGGUUCUGGCACAUCUCGGACCUGCACCUUGAACCUGACUACAAGGUGUCCACAGACCCGCUCCAGGUGUGCCCAUCAGCUGGCUCCCAGCUGGUGCACAGCCCGGGCCCCUGGGGCGACUACCUCUGCGACUCCCCCUGGGCCCUCAUCAACUCCUCCGUCCACGCCAUGAAGGAGAUUGAGCCAAAGCCAGACUUCAUCUUCUGGACAGGCGAUGACACCCCUCAUGUGCCCAACGAGAGGCUGGGAGAAGCGAAGGUGCUGGAGAUUGUGGAACGCCUGACCAAGCUCAUCAGAGAGGUCUUUCCAGAUACUAAAGUAUACUCCGCUAUGGGAAAUCAUGACUUUCACCCCAAACACCAGCUCCCAGCGGGGAGCAACCGUAUCUACAAUCAGAUAGCAGAACUGUGGAGACCCUGGCUCAAUAAUGAAUCCUUUGCUCGCUUCAAAGAAGGUGCGUUCUAUUCUGAGAAGUUGCCGGGGACGGCUGGGCGGAUCGUGGUCCUCAACACCAAUCUGUACUACACCAACAAUGAGCAGACGGCCAGCAUGGCCGACCCUGCCCGGCAGUUCCAGUGGCUGGAAGAGGUGCUGAGCAACGCGUCCAGAGCUGGGGAAAUGGUGUACAUCAUCGGCCACGUGCCCCCGGGGUUCUUUGAGAAGAAAAUGAACAAGAUGUGGUUCCGGGAGGGAUUCAACGAGAAGUACCUCCAGGUGGUCCAGAAGCACCAUCGAGUCAUCGCAGGGCAGUUCUUCGGGCACAAUCACCUGGACAGCUUUCGGAUGUUCUAUGAUGAUGCAGGUGCCCCCAUCAGUGUCAUGUUCCUUACCCCGGGAGUCACCCCAUGGAAACCCAUAUUCCCUGGAGUGGUCUAUGGGGGCAACAAUCCAGGCAUCCGACUGUUCGAAUACGACCGAGCCACGCUGAGCCUGCAGGACAUGAUGACUUACUUCCUGAACCUGAGCCAGGCGAACGCGCAGGGAGCGGCGCGCUGGGAGCUCGAGUACCAGCUGACCGAGGCCUACGCGGUGCCCGACGCGGGCGCCCGCUCCAUGCACGCCGCGCUGGGCCGCAUCGCCGGCGACCGGGACGCGCUGCAGCGCUACUACGUGUACAACUCUGUCGGCCACGACGCGCGGGCGUGCGACGCGCUGUGCCGCGCCGAGCACGUGUGCGCAAUGCGCGCGGUGGCCGCGGACGCGUACGCCGCCUGCCUGCGCGCCCCCGCCGCCGCGCCCGCGCCCGGGCUGGGGCUGCCGCUGCUGCUGGCGGCGCAGCUGGGCCUGGGCGCGUGGCUCGCAGGGUGA